AUGGUCCAAAAAGACUCCCACCAAGGAGGUAGCCUCUCCGAUAUGGCCCCCGGCGGUACCACAAUCCCCAAUGACGCUGGCAAAAUGAAUACUAUCCCCUCUGUCCCACGCCCCGACCAACGCGCCGAACACUUCGGCUUCGACAAUGUCGGUCUCGCCGAACCGUCACGCCCUUUUGCUGCAGACAAUGCCACCGACUUGCCCCGUUCGACUCGUGAUGUCGGACAGACCGGAGAAGUCGUGAGUGGAACUGGAAAUACCAUUCCUGCAUCUAUCGAGUCGAAACGUGCAUACAUGGGGUCAAAUAUUCCUGGUGGAUCCGGUGAUUCGAGGGAUAUUAAGCAUCAUAACCAUAACCGGAGCGCAUUUGAUCGGUAUGCGAAGGAGGAUGAGGAUUCUGGGGAGUUUGUUGGGGAAAACCAGGCGAGAAAUGCGUGA